GUGGAAUGCCCUGACACCUGGGUUUCUGAAGACUAAUCUUCCAUUAAUAUAGAUGGGAACUUUGUCUGGGUAAGGAAAGAAGGACUGGGCUUUCAGGAAGUUGUAUUUUUUGAGCCUUAGAGCUGUGUUAGCUAUAAAGGUGUUUGCUGUAUGGAGUUUGAGGUGCUUGGAUACACAGUAGGUUGGCAACGCAAUGUUGGAGUCACUUAGUGCUGAGUUUCCUUUUCUUUCACUCCUAAAGUCCACUUUGCCAUCAUGAAGCUUUUAAGCAGUCUGAAGUAUUUGCAGAAUGAUUACCUCAUAACUGUGUGAAAGAAAUAGAGGUUUUUUUAAUGUUAGUUAGAAAGAAGUGACUUGGUUUUCAGGUUGCUGCAGUUUAAAGCUCCAGUCUGGAAACUGGAUCUCUGAGCCACUGGUGCUUACAAGACAUUGGUAGAUUCACCAUCUCACCUAUCAAUGGCAUUUGCAACUUCUAAAAACACGAAUAGCCCCAAGCUGCAAAUCAAGAUGAGCACAUGGACACCUCUGAGCAACCAACUCAUGAAUGAGCUGGUAUUUGAAGAAAGAAGAGCCCUGUUCAGAAAAUGGUUUAUCAAGUGGACAGAUGGUCAGAGGCAGAAGAUCCUGGAGGACCAGUUGGAGCUCUGCUCCCUGACACUGAAGAAAUUCUGUGCCAAGCAGCUACAGGAUCGAAUUCCCAUUGAAGCUCUAGAUUUUACCAUGAAGCUUCCUAGAGUACUGUCCUUAUACAUCUUCUCCUUCCUGGACCCACGGAGCCUCUGUCGAUGUGCACAGGUGAGCUGGCACUGGAAGAACCUGUCUGAACUGGAUCAGCUCUGGAUGAAGAAGUGCCUGCGUUUCGGUUGGUACAUCAACUUCAUUCCAACCCCCUUUGAGCAAGGAAUCUGGAAGAGACAUUACAUUGAAAUGGUGAAAGAGCUGCAUGUUACAAGACCAAAGACUGCUUCGAAGGAUGAGUUUGUAGUUACUGAAGUGCAAAAGGUGAGAAGCAACACUCCAGAGGCAAAAUCUUCUGCAUCAGAAAAGAAGACUAGAAAGAAGAAAAAAGAAAUCCCACCGUGGCGUUCAUCAGACAGGCACCCUACAGACACCAUGCGAUUCAACUGCCUCAACAACUAUGAUCCCAUUGAACAGGCUAGGCAGGCGAGGAAGAAAGGAGGAGGGAAGACCCCGGACCUUAGCCAGCAGGCAGCUGAGAAAAAAAAGAAAGCAGGUUGUGGAUCUAAGAAACUCCAGAAAUCAAAAUCACUGCUGUCACUUACUGAAGAUCCUGGCUUGACUCAAAAACCACCAGUUCGCUCCAGCUGGGCCACUCCUCAGUCCAUUGGAAACCUGCCCUGCAGAGAAGCAGCAAAGACCUUCACCCAGAGCUCCCAGUGCAAUGCUGGGAUACGACCUGUGCCUGCUCGAGCUCCAGUGCCAAAACCACAUGCAAGAGAAAAGAAAGACUUCACAGAGACGACCACCGUGUCUCCAUGUCAGUAUGCCUCUCCACAACGUGAGGCUCAGCCUGGGCUCAUUCCUCCAUCAAAUAAUGAUCUGGUACAGGCUAAGGAAGGAUCUGGAGCAUCCAUCUCAGUGGAACGGAAGCUUAUCUGCCUGGAUGGGGGAGACAACAGCAAUGUUGCCUGAGUCAUAGACUUUCAUGUCUAUGACUUUUCACUAUACCACGCAAAUAAAUAGGCAUGCAAGACCUACA